AGGGAAUGGGCUGAGGCCAAGAAAGAGUUACAAGAAGAGCGUGAAAAUGUGCGGAGACUCACACUAGAUCGGGACCAGACCAUAAAAGAUUCUCUGAGACAUGUUGAGGACAUGAGCAAAGAGUUAGCUAAUGCAAUGCGUGCAGUUGCAUCUGCUGAAUCUAGGGCUUCCGUUGCUGAGGCAAAAAUUUUAAGUCUUCAAAGAAAAAUGGGUUCCACGGAUGAUAAGGUUGUUGCUGAAUUGCAAACAGCAAAGGAUGAGAUUGAAAAAUUGAAAGAGGAAGCACAUGCUAACAAAACUCACAUGCUGCAGUAUAAGAGCAUUGCUGAGGUGAAUGAAGAGGCACUUAAACAGAUAGAAGUUGCACAUGAGAACUAUAAGAUGGAGGCUGACAAUGCAAAGAAAGCACUAGAAGCUGAACUUCAUUCGCUUAAUGAGAAAGUUUCAGAGCUUGAAAAUGAAUCUAGUUUGAAAUCUGAAGAAGUGGCUUCUGCAACUUGGGGAAAGGAAGAGGCUCUUACAUCUACUUUGGCUGAAAUAACAAAUCUUAAAGAAGAAAUUUUAACCAAAUCUUCUCAAAUUUCAGCAAUGGAAAUUCAGAUCUCUAGUUUUAAAGAGCAGCUGGACAAGGAGCAUCAGAAAUGGCGUGGAGCUCAAACCAAUUAUGAAAGACAGGUUAUUCUCCAGUCUGAAACAAUUCAGGAGUUGACGAAAACAUCUAAAGCACUGGCCUUGCUCCAGGAGGAGGCAUCUGAAUUACGUAAACUAGCUGAUGCUCAGAAAAUUGAAAAUGAGGCUGCUGAUUUGAAAGAAAGCUUGAGAAGUGUGAAGCUGAAAUUGAGACAAGGAAGAAGAGGAAUGAGCUGAGCAAUCUUUCACUCAGCAGUUUCGCUUCUGAACCGAGAAAACAAAGUUUAUUAAUGAACUUGAGAGGCGCAAGCAGGCUCAGAAGAGGUUAUCCGAUGAAGUUGAAAAGCUUAAGAUUGUUGUUGGCAAUCUUCCUGAGGGAACGAAUGUGGCUCCAACUUCUUUCUGGAUCCAAUGUCGAUUACUUCAUUGCCCAAAGCUGCCGUUGAAACACGAAAAACAGGUAGGAAAUUGGUCAGGCCUCAUCUAGUAAAACUCGACGAGCCUCAAGGUGACAUAGAAAUGUCUGAUGCUGGACCUUCCAGUGACACAGAAACUCCAAGCAAUUAUGCUCUAUCAUCUCAACCAUUGUCUCCAAAACGCAUUGCUCCUACCUCCACUUCUGAAUCUGUCACACCUGGUGAAAAGGGCUCUGAUGUAGUGGUACCUGUAUUGAAGAAAUCAAAAGGAUCAGAGUCCCCAGAAGAUAGUGCUGAAGAACAGCCUGUUACAACUCCGGAAUUUACUGGCAGUCAUCCAAUCACCGAAGAAUCAUUUGACGGUGGUGAGUUGCCACAAGGCCAAAAUGAGGCAGUCAAUGAAGGUUAAAAUGAGGAAGGUGAGAUUGCUCUUGGGAAAGACGAGGAAACCAAAGAUCCGCAAGACUUGGGUGGUAUGAGUCAAGAAGAAUUACAAGGUGGCUGACAUCAAUUGAUGCUGAUAGCAUGUUUGACGAAAAUAGCAUGCUAGUCCCGA